AGCAAGGGAAUUCCAUAACGCAAGCUCCAUCUCAGAAUCAGGAUAAGGUAUAAAAAUCAGGUACUAGGCGGAAGCAGUCAUAGCGGGGCAUAAAUAUGUUCCUCGGUCCCAAGACUAUCCAUGGAUGAUCUACUCACUCGGCAACUGGCCUCUCUAGGCCAAGAUGUCCUGCUGAGGAGGGCGAAUCUUCGGAAUCUGGUAUCUGCCCUUACAAACCAUGAAAUUCGGGAGUGGGCAGCACAUCUUUCCGCUGUCGACCUACGAACUGACAUCGUCGUCCGGCUGCCGGUUGAGUUGCUGAUGCUUAUUGCGGAAUACAUCAAUGGAACCGAGAUAUCCAACAUGCUGAACGUUUCUAAACAAUGGAGAGCCGCUUGGCUUCAAAGGAAUGUUCUCGGAGUCCUGGCUGUGAGAUGGUUCCCUGGCUUCCUGGAAUAUACCUCCCUCCAGGAGCAACUCACCGGUGUGGCGCAAGACACAGAGCGGCUUUUCACUGAAGCCGCCCGCAGAUACCACCUUCGAUCUCUAGGAAAGUUUCGGUCCGCCCUGGAUGUUGAACCGUGGCUAAGGAACCGUGCGAGUUAUUUGGAGGAGCGUUUCACCCUGGACCCAAUACUUCACCCCCCGGACCACGCAUGGGAGAUUGAAUGCCCGGGCCUCUUUACCAGGGAGCAUUUGUUCCUGGAUCUUGACGACACCGCUCUCCGUUAUACAGAUGGAAGACUAGCCUGGCAACCCGGCGGGCUAGGAUUCCCGGAGAAUUCUGUGGUCUUCGUCGACGAUUUAAGAACGCAACUGCGGAAGAUCUACCGUGUCCCCAAUCUGCUAAUGCUUGGAGAGAGCGCUAUUCUGGUAGCGCUUGGAGAUAAGCUUGUUGUGGUAAAUGUCGAUCGCCGGAUGUUUGCCUGGCACCUCGAAUCGAACGAACUCCAACAAAUCACUCUACCAAGCCCUCCCACGUCUUGUGUUUCCGUGGGCGACGUUGUCGUCCUAGCUUCAGGAAUUAGCGAUGUGGCUGUUUGGACAUUCGGGCACCAGGUUCGUGCGGUUGAUAUGUCGAGUCCCAUUGCGGACAUGAUGCUCUUUGGACGCCACCCUUCGCAGAAUACGAUGACGCUGUUCGUCGACCCUCUACAGGGCCACUCCUUCUAUGGAGCCACUGCUUCGGACCGGUCGCUGGUAGUCUACAAGUUCACCAUGGGGCUGUACUCGGAAACCUUUUUCUUCACGCCAAGUAAAAUUUCAACCAUCUACCAGGAGAACUUGGGGUAUUUAGAGUUGAUCUGCCGACGGGCUGGGUCAUACGGUGACUUUGAAAUCGCAAGAAUACCAGGCGAUAAUUGGGACCCUCUGCUUCCAUUGCCGGACGAUGCAGCCGGCAACACUCAUGUCAUCUUCAACAUAUUCACGUCAUCCUUCUCGGUUCGACGUGGAGGUGUCCGACCCGACCACCUUCAUUCAUCAUACGCUGUAUCCCGGUGGAAUAGUCAAACUACACAUGCUCAAACUGCCGUAAUUGCGACACCAGACGUGGACCCUCCUUUCCUCAGCGCGUUCCCUCCCCUCCUUUAUACAGCUUCGCCACAAAGGAAUGAGGAACGCCGAGACCAUACAAACCUGCGCCGGCGGAUUAUGGACUGGAAUACAAUCGAUCCGGAGACAUCCGACUCCAUGGCGAGAGAUCUUGCUGAGAUGCCCGAUGUCGAGAUGCCCGAUAUCUACAAGAGAUCUACUUUCGCACUCGAUUUUGAUGAGUGGCCUAAUACACUGGAUGCAGCCAUCGGCUGGAACACAAUACACAUUUUCGAGGAUGAUGACUUCAUCGUCAUGGCGCACAGUGACGGCUACCUGGUUUGGAGCUUCUUCACUGACCUCGUUAGGCGAGACCAUCCCUCUCACGAACGAUAGAGAACUGAACAACGCCUAUCAUCGACGGAGAAACACUGGGAGGGCCGAUUAUGGGACGGCCAUCUGGUUCUGCGAGGAGAGCGACCACCUGCAUUUGCUGGCCUAUCCUGUCCCAGGGAUGAACAAUCUUUGGGACAGACCGAUGAACAGCCAU